AUGUAUAUACAAAAUCACAUCUAUCUAUCUAUCUAUCUAUCUAUCUAUCUAUCUAUCUAUCUAUUGAGAAAUGAAUGUGAAUGCAUAAACGAUACGAUCACCAAAGUUUUUUCGUUUUCUCUACUCUCUCCUUUCUCUACACUCUCCUUUCUCACCUCUUUUCUCUCAUUACUUAUUCCUUUCUUUACUGUCUCCUUUUUCACCUCUCUUUUCUUUACGCUCUAUUUUCUUUACACUCUUCUUUUUCACCUCUCUAAUCUCACCUUUCUCAUUUAUCUAUUGUCUUCUUUCUCACUGAUCUACUUUCUCUACACUUUCAUUUCUCUACUCUCUCCUUUCUCACCUCUCUCAUUUCUCUACUCUCCUUUCUCACCCCCCUCUCCUUUUUUCUGUCUCCUUUUCUUGCUUCUCACCUCUCUCAUUUCUCUACUCUCUCAUUUCUCUACUCUCUCUUUUCUCUACUCUCCUUUCUCACCUCUCUCAUUUCUCUACACUCUCUUUUCUCUACUCUCCUUUCUCACCUCUCUCAUUUCUCUACUCACUCUUUUCUCUACUCUUCUUUCUCAACUCUCUCAUUUCUCUACUCUCUCUUUUCUCUACUCUUCUUUCUCACCUCUCUCAUUUCUCUACUCUCUCUUUUCUCUACUCUUCUUUCUCACCUCUCUCAUUUCUCUACACUCUCCUUUCUCACCUCUCUCUUUUCUCUACUCUCCUUUCUCACCUCUCCCAUUUCUCUACUCUCUCAUUUCUCUACUCUCUUUUCUCUACUCUCCUUUCUCACCUCUCUCAUUUCUCUACACUCUCUUUUCUCUACUCUCCUUUCUCACCGCUCUCAUUUCUCUACUCACUCUUUUCUCUACUCUUCUUUCUCAAAUCUCUCAUUUCUCUACUCUCUCUUUUCUCUCUUCUUUCUCACCUCUCUCAUUCUCUACUCUCUCUUUACUCUCUCUUCUUUCUCACCUCUCCCAUUUCUCUACUCUCCUCUCCCUCUCUCCAUUUCUCCUCUCCUUUCUCACCUCUCCCAUUUCUCUACUCUCUCAUUCUCUACCCUCUCUUUUCUCUCUCCUUUCUCACCUCCCUCAUUUCUCUACUCUCUCUUUCUCUACUCUUCUCUCACCCUCUCUCAUUUCUCCUACUCUCUUUCUCUCUCUCCUUUCUCACCUCUCUCAUUUCUCCUACUCUCUCUUUCUCUACUCUCCUUUCUCACCUCUCUCAUUUCUCUACUCUCUCUUCUCUCCUUUCUCUACACUCUCCUUUCUCUACACUCUCCUUUCUCACAUCUUUCCUCUCAUUACUUAUUCCUUUCUUUACUGUAUCCUUUCUCAUCUCUCUUUUCUUUACGCUCUAUUUACUUUACACUCUUCUUUUUCACCCCUCUAA